AUGACCCCUAGCCAGAUCGAUGCUGGUCCCAACAUCAUCCAAGCGUGUUGUGCUAACGACAGACCGAAUGGAUUGGAGGGCCUCAUCGCCGAGCUGGACAGGAUACAGAGGAUCCUUACAGAUUAUCUGGAAAGAUUAUCUGGAUUAUCUGGAAACGUGAGCGGGCGAAGACUCUCCAAGCCCGGCAGCAAGAUUGGGAUGGAGGGAAUGACCAGGAAUAGGUCCCGGGAUCGAUCCCGAUUCCGAGUCCAGGGCCAGCGUUACCCAGCCUUGGUGAGGGACUCUCCGAACAAGGGGGAAGCAAUAACUGGUGAAUUGCUUACUGGACUAACUCCGAAUGAUGUAGAGCUCCUGGUGGAGUACGAAGGCGACGAAUACUACGUGUCGUCGGCGGAGGCGUUGGUGAACGACAACUCGGUGGCCGUAGAAGCCGCUGUAUUCCUGUGGAAGGACAGUCUUCGCUCUCAGCUCAUAACUGAUGGUGACUCGUGGGACUUCGUUGAAUGGCUUGAAACCGGACUUUCGGAUGCUGUAGUUGAAGCGAGUUCAGUUUUCAAGGAGCAUAUGACUAAGAAGGCUGAGAACCGAGCAGUGACUUCUUCAGUCGAGGUUGAAGACCGGGAAGGGGAUCUGAAUAAGUGUUCUUCGUGA